AUGUGCUUGCAGGUACCACGGCCGUCGAUAAUUCCUCCAUACGGUCUGAUGUGUGACAUCGUUUGGUCGGAUCCAGAUUCACAGAAGCCUGGAUGGUCGCUUUCAUGUCGAGGAAUAUCGUUUUCAUUUGACGAGUCAGUGGUGGAGGACUUUUGUCAGAAGCAUGGCCUAGAUCUUAUUGUGCGCGCCCACCAGAUAACUGGAGAUAUGGUCAGAGGAGGUCAUCGAAUGUUCGCCGGUGGCAGAUUGGUGACCAUUUUCUCCGCGCCCAACUAUCAGAAUAUGAUGAAUGAUGGAUGCGUUCUUCGAAUCAAGAGAAAUGUGAGUUUUCUUGUCAUUUUCUUGCUCACCUGA